UUUUCAAGCUGCAUCGCUAUCUCCCCCCUGCAGGCAUUUCUUAUUUCAGGUCUGGCAGAUUAUAUGAAGAGCUGAUGCAACUUGGCGUUGGCAGGGCGUUUUUUUUCUUCUUCUUUUGUUUUGGGUUUGUUUUCUGCAUGAAUAACCAAGAUGCGUUGUUUCAGAUGCAGGAAGCACGCCUCAGACUUUAAAUCAUUGAUAUCUUUGGCGGACUUCUUGCUGUGACGACGGCUGCAUCUACAUUCCUAUUUCUGUUUCGCUUCGAAGGAUUAAAAAUAAAAAAGAUGCGCUGAAGCACCCAGGAAAGACCCUACAUCUUCUUCAAUGUGCGUGAGAUGACACUGAGGAUACCUUAGCAGGACUGCAAGUUUGGCCAUUAUUUGCAGGAAAAUGCAGCUUUGGAUUCCAUAUGUUUUGCUCGGUGCAACAUCAGUGUGCACCGUUGAAAUGUCUGGCCAUUAUGGGGAAAUCUGUCAAGAACUAUGCGCCUGUGAGGAAAGAGAAGGGAUGCUUACUGUGAGCUGUGAAAGUCGAGGAAUUGCAAGACUCUCUGACAUAAGCCCAGUGCUCUUCUCCCAGUAUCAAUUGCUUCUUACUGGGAAUCUUUUGACAAAGCUUUCUACCAAUGGUUUUGCUGAGUACAAAGGACUUAAAAUAUUAAAUCUUGGAAAUAAUGAAAUAUCAGAAGUUAAAGCUGGAGCUUUUAAUGGACUGCAGGGAUUAAAACGAUUACAUCUCAAUAAUAACAAAAUUGAUGCCUUGAAGGAAGAGUUUUUCUAUGGCCUUGAAAGUCUGAAGUAUUUACAGAUUGAUUAUAAUUACAUCAGUCAUGUGGAGCAAAAUGCCUUCAGCAGACUUCGACAUCUGGAGGUCUUGAUUCUGAAUGACAAUUUAAUAUCUAGUCUGCCUGUAAACCUUUUUCAGUUUGUACCGUUGACUCAUUUAGACCUACGAGGGAAUCAGCUCAAAGUGCUUCCCUACAUUGGUCUGCUGGAGCACAUGAACAGCGUUGUGGAGUUACAACUGGAGGAGAAUCCGUGGAACUGCUCCUGUGAGUUGAUUGCUCUGAAGACCUGGCUGGAAAGCAUUUCGUACACAGCCUUGGUUGGGGACGUGGUUUGUGAGUUCCCAUUUCGGCUUCAUGGAAGAGACCUUGAUGAGGUUUCAAAGCAAGAGCUGUGUCCAAGGAGAGCCAUUGCUGAGUAUGAGAUGCCACCUCCCCCUCAUUUGGGCAUUGACGCAUACUACAGGACCACUCCAGCUGUUGGCGCCUCCUUCACCGCAUCUGGCAUCGCCAGAUCUUCAUCAAGACCGACCAAGGGACCUCGUCAGUCAGCCAAAUUAAAAUCAAAACCCACCGCCCGUGUCCCAUCCAAUAAGCCACAGAAUUAUGGUCAAAUUGUGUCAUAUCAGACCAAAUCUCCAGUGCCUUUAGAUUGCCCAACUGCCUGCACCUGCAAUCUCCAGAUUUCAGACCUUGGGCUGAAUGUGAACUGCCAGGAGAGAAAGAUUGAACAGAUCUCUGACCUGAAUCCUAAACCAUACAACCCCAAAAAGAUGUAUCUUACAGGGAACUACAUCCCUGUGGUGCAUUGCUCAGAUUUUAUUGAGGCAACUGGAUUAGAUUUACUUCAUCUUGGUAACAAUAGGAUAGCUCGGGUAGAUGAUAGAGCUUUUGGCGAUUUGACAAAUCUGCGAAGACUGUACCUUAAUGGGAAUUUGAUUGACCAUCUUAGAUCCAGUAUGUUUUAUGGACUAGAGAGCCUACAGUUCUUAUAUUUAGAGUACAAUAUCAUUAAAGAAGUAACCGCGGACACUUUUCAACAUGUCCCAAAACUUCAGCUUCUUUUUUUAAACAAUAAUCUCUUGAAAACUUUGCCUGAGGGUACUUUUAAUGGCUUGACAUUAGCUAGACUAAAUCUUCGUAACAACCACUUGCGGUAUCUUCCUGUCAGGGGUGUACUUGAUCAAUUAAGAGCCCUUGUUCAAGUCGAUUUAUAUGAGAAUCCCUGGGAUUGCUCUUGCAAUAUACUAGACCUGAAGAUGUGGCUGGAGCUGCUCAGCAUGGGCACAGUUGUAAACAAUGUCAUCUGUGGCUCCCCCAAGAAGCUGGCUGGGGAAGAUAUGAGAUACAUUAAGACAACUAAUUUCUGCCCUAAUAACUCUGAUAUACUUGCUUCUAUGAUUCCGCCCUCCGAGGAAUCCUUUCCGGGAAGCACUAUCACUAUAGAAACAUCUUUAGACUCCGACACUCAGCUCCACACUAUUCCUUUAUCUGUAAUGAUUCUUGCCCUUCUCCUCUUAUUUAUUGUGUCUGUGUUUGUGGCUGCAGGACUGUUUGUGGCUACAAAAAAGAAACGGCAGAAGAGUCAAAGUGAGCAGAAUGAAUCGAUGAAUGCUUGCAUUAGCUCUCUCAACAUGGAGUAUGGCCUUUACAAAAAGGCAUCUAUUCCCAAAGUAAGAACAUCAGCUGGGCAUGUAUAUGAGUAUAUCCCACCUCCUACUGAAGCCACAUGCAGAACUGCUGCACAAACCCCCAUGGACAACAAAUCAGUGGAUGGAUUUAGAGACUUUGACGAGUUAAGCAGCGCCUUUCUGGGUAACCUAGAUGAAGAGGCAGCCAGUAAUGUGAUAAGCUCGGAGUACAGCGCCACCACUCCAGAGCCUCUUAACAAGCCAUCCACCCCUUACCGAGACGAUCCAUGCUACUAUAGAGAUGUACUCGAACCUGACAAGAACAGAUGCCACAGCAAUACUUUACCUUGCAGACAUGGUGUACACUCAUCAAAUCAGUAUACCUCAGACUUUGAUGCAAGCCAUCAAUAUGUGCAACCAGAGAGAAUACAACAGACAAUAUUGUAUUGUACAACACCGAGUUCCGUUUAUGUGGAACCCAACAGGAGCGAGUACUGGGAACUGAAAGCAAAGCUUCAUCUUGAUCCAGAUUACCUCGAGGUUCUGGAAAAACGAACUACAUUCACACAGUUUUAAAACACCUGUCCUCUCAAUGAUCAGUGUGGAUGCAAUUGUGUGGUACUUGAAAUAAAAAAAGGACAAUUUUCUCAACUCAGCAAACUGCAGUGCAAGACAUUAAAUGCUUUUCUGGGAAUUAUGCUUUACAGAGCGAGAGAUACAAGAGGGCAAUUAUUCAUUUUGAAGUGUCACUUAACACUUCAGUCCAGUGUGGUUUGCAGUUGAGUUUGAGUGUGCAUAUAUGAACAUAAAACUCCAAUUCAGGGCUCUUAUGACUCACCCUUUCACUGAAUUCACCCUGAAGAGAAUCACUGACAACAAUUUGAGCCUGAGCUUUAACUCUGAAAUUGGUUGCAUUUCAUGAGUAUUAAUGAGCUAUGAAGACAAUAUAUUCUUCACCUCUAAAUAAGCUCAUGUUAUUGGACAGAGAUACGCAUAUGGCAGCCUGUUCUGCCAAUUUUCUUACUUUUUGUGUGAAACUCAAGCAUUAAAGUUCACGUUAAUUUUUAUUGAUUUAUAUACAAUAAAAUUGUAGAACAGUUAUAUGAAAUACAUUAAUAUUCUUCAUUUUUACUACAAACAUAAAUUAUGGAUGCAGUGAAUGUCUCCACUCCAGCAGAUAAGUGGGAGAAAUGUAAUGAUUGUCUGUAAGAUGACAAUAUUACACUAGCCUCGUUUGUAUACUUAGAUCCCUCUGGUGAUAUCAUCUCAUUUCCCAACCAGCAAAUGUUUUAGAUUAAGUCAAAACUUGUUGCACUUGUGAUUAGUAACCAAAACUUUGUAUCAGUUCGGAUGUCUUUAUUUCUGUUUUCCACACUGCAAAUUUGUACAAAUGUAGUUUCUACAACUUUAUUACACAUAAAUGUACAUCCGUUUUAAAAUUUCCUUGAGUCAACACCAAAGCAAUCCAAGAACGAAAAGCAUAAAAACAUAAAUAUGCAACAAAAACGCUGUUAAAUGUUUGAUUUAUACUACCUGUAUUUCUUGUGCAUCUGUGCAGCUUUGUUUCCAUAACACCACAUUUAAUGCUUAGUGUAAAAUAAAAGUUGAAUCUGCUCAGUGUGACUAAGCAUGAACUACAGCUGUUGACCCACAACAAGACCCCUUGUCAGUGUCAGGUUUGGCUUAAUUUGGAUGAUGAAAUUAUAUACGUUAGCUCAACCUCAUCAAAGAAAGGACACCAGUAUUUACUGUAAUUACCGUAAUAGAAAAAGUGGGUGGGUGAGUAAAUUAAUUUGAGUAAAUUAUCCGGACCAGCAGUUUAGUCUUUUUCAGAGUUAGAAAGAGCUGCAAAGAGAUUUAUUUAUACGGAUUUAUUUAAUGCCAGUUUUCAACCUAUGGCACUGGGUAGAAAACUGGUUGAAACAAAUUUGCAUUUGCACGUUCAUGUAUAGAGCUGCACAGUGACCCAGUUGUCCAUGGUGUUGCCUUGCAGCAAGAAAUUCCUCGGUUUAAAUCUCGGUCAGGACCUUACUGUGUGCUUUUUGCAUCUUCUCCCUGUGCAGGUGAAGAUAUUCUCUUCCAAACACCAAAAAUAUUUGAAUGGAAUGAAUUGGACAGUUUAAAUUGCCCAUCAAUGUGCAUGUGUAUUCAUGGUUGUUUGUCCUGAGUGAUAAUCUGCUAGAUUGGUGAUCUGGCCUGGUUGCACCCUGCCUCCUGAAAACCUGACACUGGUAGGCAGUUUGGAGUUGGGUCCGUUUCAUGCUUUGUCUCAAUAUUCCUUUUAUUUAGAGAACAUUUAUUGGCCUCAGGCAUAUGUGAGCAUCUGUUAAACAACUAUUUUUAUAUUAUAAAAAAAAAACAACUCCUUUUUAUAUAUAUUUUAUUUCCUUUUCUUUAGUAAUAGAAGAUGAGAAAAUGCACUAUUGACUCUACUGAUCAAUGAUGAUGUCACUUUUGUAAAUUCACAAAAGAGAAACAUGCAUAUAGCCACUGAUUUGGUCUGAUAAAUGCAGACAGAAGGGUUACAUUAUGUUACAAAUUAUUUACUAUGCAUAGAUAUAGAUGACACUCGGACAAUCUGUUCAUUUCUCAGUUGUCACCGAACCUUUAUGACUAUGAUGCCAUCUCUUCAAAUGUGGCACCUUUACUUCAGUCAUUUACGUCUUUAUGGUGAGGGAUAUUAUAGCCCACGUAACAACUAAGAGCUGUUUGAUAGAUAAUCAUAAUAAAUGACUGGUUAAUCGGAUAAAGUUAUUUCUAUGCAUAAGAAUUUCUUCAAAGGAACUAAGCACAUCAUCCAGUCUUAAUCUAGUCUAAUCAGGUCCUGGGGUAAUAGAGUAAGCCAAGAAAUAUGACUUUCCCUGAGAGUUAAAUACACAGUUAUUUCUCAAAUGCACUGAACUUGUCACCAUGGCUCAGCCAAUCAGAAGACAUGCUGUUUCUACACUGUGUCUGCAUGACAGCGAGUUUUUUAUUGCAGCAUGAUGCUACGCAAAGAGGAUGUCUUGAUUUGUUGCCUUUCUUGUAUCAACUUUGUCAUGGAUUUACUUUUUUUAUGAUUAGAGCAAGUGUGCUAAAAUAUUCACAGCUGAUGCAUGAUAUGUACCUGCACAGCUAUAUUUUUAUGUUUGUUUGUUUUGUUUUUUUAUUAGUAUUCUGCUAUAAAAUGAAAGUGGUGAAAACAAUACAAAAUGCUAUGUUUAUUUGAUUGUAUCAGGUCUGAAGUUUGUUCAAUUUGUGGUGUGUAAUAACCUUCUUAGUUCAAAGCAGCAAAAAAAAAAAAAAAAAAAUCGAGUUCAGGUAGUGUUGAGAGAAAGUCUCUUAAAUUAUAUUAGGGAUGUCCUGAGCUGAUCCCAGGCCUACUGUCUCAGCAGUGCAGUCAUUUGUUGCAAACUUGGUUUUGAGGUUUAUAGCUUGACAAAUAGAACAGCGCUUUAUUGACCUGAAAAAUCUUGAUUUUCGAGUAGCCAUGUAAAGCAGUCAUCAUAUUCUUUCCUUGCCAGGUAUGGUGGUGUAUUGCAAACCCUAUGUAAUUCAGGCAAAAAUAUAACAAAAUUAAGUGUAUUUUUUGGAGCAUCACAUCCUUACACAACCUGAAAACAUCUGUGGUGCUUUUGAUCCAGUCUAAUGUUGAGUGUGUAUUAGAAUUAAAGCUGUAGAAUUCGCAAUGUCCAGCUGCACCAGGACAAGGUACAUUAGUUUUAAUAGAAUAGAAUAGAAUUACUUUAUUCAUCCCAGCAGGGAAAUUAUUUCGCAGUUACAGCAGCAUAGAGACAAGACACACAACAACAUUCGAUAUAUGUGUGUGUAUGGAAGGCAUGUGAGAGCAAUGGCAUUUCCGUCCACACUGUUUUUAUUAUUAAAAUUACAUUUCUUUCUCUAUCUCUCUGGAUAGCAUGUAACAUCACCAAUACUAGUUGACAUGAGAGAAAAACUUGCCGAUAGGGUAAAAUUCCUGAAAAUCUUCAUUUUUCUGAGAUAUGUGGUGAAUGCUAGUUUGCAACUUCUACUUCUUGUUCUUUACCGCUAUGCGUAAUGUCAACAUUUGACAAAUUAAACUUCACAUAGCCUGGUUGGUUUUCUCCAAAUGUGCAGAUGGAAACAUGCCUAUUUCGCACUCUCUUUCUUUCUUUCUUUUUUUUAACUUUUUUGUGACAUCUCAAAGGUUUGCUCAAAAUUCACAUGACAGUUUGUUGGAAACAUAGCUUGUGUCAUGUGACCUAGUCUGUGCAGUGCUCAAAUAUAAUUAUCUUAAUGGCAAACAGCAGCUGAAACAGUUGUCAUUAAAUUUGAGACAUUCAAAGCAAAGUUAUUAGUUUAUGAAGCAGGAUAAUUACUUUCGAUGACAGCUGCCUGUGCCCACUGUUGGGUAGAAUUACUAUGAAACAUAUUUUUAGCCAAAUCACAUAUUAAAGCAGAGUAAACAUGCUAAUAUUAGCCUGGCACUUUUGUAAACUUCUCAGCAUUAAAGUUUAUUUAGCAAAGAAGAAGAUAUGAGUUUUUUUAAGACUAUAUUUGAAUGUGCAGAGCCAAAUAUAUCAUUAUAAACAAAAAAAAUUUAAUGAUGCUUUAUGAAUGUCCAAACAGAAAGUUUGGACAUCCCUAAUUCUUGCUUAUAUUUGGGUUAAUCUUAUUUUCUACAAUGCAACAGUGUAAUAAAAUGUGUUUACUGUAUAUACCAGAAAUUUGUAAAGUUUUUUUUUUAUUCACUACGUGGUUAUUACUGACAAUAUGCAACUGUUUUUUGGUCCCUAUUAAGACUAUAAAUACUACUAAUCUAAACAUGCUAGAAUUAAAUGUGACUGUUGUGUGAAUAUUUGCAAAUGUUUAAAUUACGAAGAGGAAACAGGGUCAGUCUCUGGUUCUUAUUCCAACUUCUCUUGUUUGCCUGUGUUUGCUUUGUUUGAUUUUCAUACAAAACAGUGAUUUUUCUGUGUCAGCCUCUGUAAAUAGAACACAUCAUCAGCAUUUUCAUUGCAAACUUGCUUUGUCUUUGAAGGCAAAAAAAAAAAAACAACUCAUGUCUCUUUAUUUGGAAAAACAAAGUGCAACUAGGAAUUUGUGGGAUUAAAAUAUCUACAGUGUGCCAUUUUAUUUAGUAGUUAGCUAAUGAAUAAAAGAUAUGCAUUCAUUUGA